ACUUCAAUCACGUUCUUGAGUCUUGACCGAACUAGAUCUGUACACAAAAUAAUGGUUUAAUAUAAAUUAUUACAUUAUGAAUAUUUAUAUUUAAUAUUUUCUUACUUUCUUAGUAUUCACAUAAUAUUAUGUACAAUAUAUAACGUAUUAGUCAUUAUUCGGAUAUCAGAUUAUUAGUUCAUCUUAUUAUAUGUAUGCAGUUAAGUGAAUUAUCGCAAAACCAAUCAAGACUCCAUUAUAUUUUAUUGUUAUAAAUUUUGGGUUCACCUACUUUACGCUAUUAAAUUGUGUAAUUAGUUCUUAAAAAUGACCGAAUCAAAUGAAAAUGACAAUUCCAAGACGACUGAAGUAAAAAAAAUAGUAAAAAAUGCUACAGAUUUACAACGUUUGAAACUCGAAAGACUUAUGAAAAAUCCUGAUAAACCUGUAUACAUACCUGAGCCACGAUCUGACAAAAAAUCUCCACAUGUACCCGAAUUUGUAAGAAAUGUUAUGGGGUCAAGUGCUGGAGCUGGCAGUGGUGAGUUUCAUGUUUAUCGGCACUUAAGACGCAAAGAAUAUGCUAGACAAAAACAUAUACAAGUGAAAGCAGAAAAAGAACUUUUGGAAGAAGCGUAUCGUCAAAAAAUAUUAGAAAACAAACAAAUGGCUGAAGAACGUACAGCUAAGAAAAGAGCAAAGAGAUUAAAGAGAAAAAUGACUUUAAAAGAAAAAUGUAAGAUGUCAAAGAAGAAUAAUACUGCAAACAGCGUUAAUGAAAGUGAUUCUACUAGUGAUGAUGAUGAUCAAAAUACAACUGAGUCGUAAAUGUAACACAAUAUUAUAAUAAAAAUAAUAUUAUUGUAAAAAUAUGUAAAUAAUAAUAACUAUUCAUUUUUCACUAAAAAUAUACUUAUACAAUAAAUUA